GCGUUAAGUGGAAGCCAUAUUGGAAGCACAGAUUUACUAGAAGGUUCAGUCCCAAAAUCCAGUAAAAUCAUUAGAUUUUUAAGAGCAUCGUACCCUUUAUUUAUUUCAGUUACACAUUAAAAGCUUUGAUCUUUCACCAUGUCGAAAGGGAAAACGCAACAACCUAGUAGUCGGUCAGAAUACAGGGACAGAGAGAAGCCAACUGCAGUGAGGGACAGUAAUAUUACUGCAGCGAAAGCGGUUGCCGAUGCCAUCCGAACAAGUCUAGGCCCAAGGGGCAUGGACAAAAUGAUCCAGUCUGCCAAUGGAGAUGUGACCAUUACAAAUGAUGGGGCCACAAUUCUCAAACAAAUGCAAGUGUUGCAUCCAGCAGCUAAAAUGCUGGUGGAACUUUCCAAAGCCCAAGAUGUUGAAGCUGGAGAUGGCACCACAUCUGUUGUUGUCAUUGCUGGAAGUUUUCUUGAUGCCAGUGCCAAGCUAUUAGCCAAAGGUAUCCAUCCAACAACUAUAUCUGAAGCGUUUCAGUCGGCAGCAGUAAAAUGUUGUGAAAUUCUGGAGUCCACAAUGGCAACAAAAGUAGAACUAAGUGAUCGUGCCUCUUUACUUAAGAGUGCCUCCACUUCUCUCAAUUCUAAGGUUGUAUCACAAUACUCCAGUUCCCUUUCACCAAUUGCUGUGGAUGCAGUUUUAAAAGUGGUAGACCCAGCAUCAGAUACAAAUGUAGACUUAAGGGACAUCAGGGUUGUCAAAAAGCUUGGGGGCACAGUAGAUGACACGGAGCUCAUUGAUGGUGUUGUCUUUACACAGAGAACUGCUGGCAGUGGGGGUCCAAAUAAAGUGGAAAAAGCAAAGAUUGGUUUAAUACAGUUUUGUAUUUCACCACCAAAAACUGAUAUGGAGAACAAUGUGAUUAUUUCUGACUAUGCACAAAUGGACAGAAUAAUGAAAGAAGAGAGAACAUAUAUCCUCAAUAUUGUAAAACAGAUAAAGAAAGCUGGCUGUAAUGUCCUCCUAAUACAAAAGUCCAUCUUGAGGGAUGCUGUAAGUGAUUUAGCUCUACAUUUUCUGGCCAAAAUGAAAAUCUUGGUGAUAAAAGAUAUAGAAAGGGAAGACAUAGAGUUUUAUUGCAAGAGUUUGGGCUGCAAACCAAUUGCGAGUCUCGAUCAUUUCCAACCUGAUAUGUUGGCUGCUGCAGAUCUGGUGGAAGAAGUCCAAACUGGAAGCAGCAAGAUAGUCAAGGUCACUGGCAUACAAAGUGGGGGCAGGUCCGUCAGUAUUCUGGUCAGAGGGUCCAACAAAUUGGUCUUGGAGGAGGCUGACCGAUCAAUUCAUGAUGCUCUCUGUGUCAUAAGAUGUUUAGUGAAGAAGAGAGCCCUUAUAGCUGGUGGUGGAGCCCCGGAGAUUGAGUUGUCUCUGAGGUUGAGAGAGUACUCCCACACCCUCACUGGCAUGGAACAGUACUGCUUCAGAGCAUUUGCUGACGCCCUGGAGAUUGUUCCCUUCACUCUUGCUGAAAACGCAGGUCUCAAUCCCAUUGCCACAGUCACAGAGCUCAGGAAUAGGCAUGCACAGGGCGAGAAGACAGCUGGGAUAAAUGUCAGAAAGGGUUGUAUAACUAACAUCCUUGAAGAGAAUGUAGUUCAGCCUCUGCUGGUGUCCACCAGUGCAGUGACAUUAGCUGCUGAGACGGUCAGGAGCAUAAUGAAGAUUGAUGACAUUGUAAAUACAAGAUAACAAAAGGAUGGAUAAUUUCGGCAGCCUCUGAUACAAGGACCACGGCCUGUGAACAAUAUUUCCAUAUUUGAAGUGGGAUUAUUAGGCUACAGUUUCUGUCAUUCAAAUUAAUUUCACCUGAAUGCAAAGACUUCAAUGGCCGACCUGCUUUACUGCCGCUCAACUGACAUUUAUUCCAAGAACUAGUGCCACAUUUUGAUUUGUAUUGCCAAGCAGUGGUGUUGGUUUGGCACAUGUCCAUAAACUUUUGUUUUAUACAAUCAUGCUGAGCAUAACAUUCGUCGAUCAGUUAUUGCUUUAUAUUCAUUUGUUAUUACUCGCCUGUUAUAAUAAUUCUCCAGGUUUUGUUUGCAUAGUCAUUGUUUUUCUUGUCUAGUGAAAAGUAUCUUUGCAGUGUAAUAAAGAAGCAAGUCAAUA